AUGCUGUCGAGGUUUUUUGUCUUUUUCCCCUUGGUGUUAUCCUUGGUGGCCUUUAUACUCUCCAUCCUAUGCCUCUUUGCUGGUCAUAAUGAAGGCUUUAUGGAAGAGUAUGCUGUAGCACGACUCAACACCUCAAUGAUCGGCCAAAACUUGAUCGAUACCAGCAGCGACGCUUCCACCAACGAGGAAGAUGACGACAGCUUCUUCGGCAGUGUCAAGGACAAGUGGAACAAGGCUAAGGAAAAGGUCAAGGAAGAGAUCAACGACAUUACCGGCGAGGUCGCCGACGAAUUGGCCGAUAGGCUUGGUGUUUCCGAGUGGUACUCUAUCCAUGUCAUGUCAACGUGCGACGGAGACUUUAAGCCCAAUGCCACGAGCCCGGGUGCUGGGUUCAACGUUACCAACUGUACCAACUCGGCCCCUGAGAAACGCUUCAACCUUACUGAGCUGCUCGACCACCAGCUCGAAGUUGGCCCGUUCCAGCUCAGCUUGACCGAUAUCAACUGGCCCGAUGAUAUUCAGGACUCGAUCGACAUGCUCAACUCGGCCCUGCUCGCCCUAUUCGUGCUUUACGUCCUCGGCGUGGGCUUCUCUGGUCUCGCAAUGCUGGGCAGUCUCGCAGCCUUCUUCCUCUUUUCGCGACGUGGUGUCAACGCAGCCAACCUCGGCCUCGCCAGUCUCGCAGCGCUGUGUCUCACAGUAGGCAGCAUUCUCGUGACAGUCGCCGGCGACAAGGGCGUCGACAAGAUCAACGACGUUGGCGAUGAUGUAGGAAUCUCCGCAUCUCUUGGCACAAAGUUCCUCGCCUUGACCUGGGCAUCCUCCGGACUCAUGAUCGCUGUCACAGUCUACUGGGUGACACACCUCUGCCUCAUGCGACGCGAGAGAAAGCGACAGUGGACACCUCGCAAGGGCAGCUACUAA